CUUUAUCCGUUCAUUCCUUACUAUUGUUAGAUAAUAUUCGCUCACAGAAGUGCUCGCUAGCAUGUGGUGUUUUUAGUGAAAACAUUAAAAUGAGUGAAAAAAAUGUGGUUACAUUUGAAGAAGCGUUGGAUAGAACAGGUUUCGGUCUGUACAACUACAUACUCGUCACCGGGAUAGGUCUGAUCACCAUCGCGUUUGUGACGGUCUCCUAUUGCACCACCAUCAUCAUACCAGCCAGUGCUUGUGAGUUGGAGACAACAGUCACUCAGAGGGGCUUGCUCGCUGCUGGGCCUGUCGUUGGUUUAAUCAUCGGUGGAUCGCUAUGGGGAGUACUAGCAGAUCUCUUUGGCAGGCGCCUCAUGUUGUUCAUAUCUCUGCUAGCAGCAGCGACAAUCAACGCUCUCUCCAGCAUCUCUGUAAACUGGAUUAUGUUACUUGGCCUGCAGUUUAUUGCUGCUUUGUUAGCUUCAGGCCAAUAUUCGCAAGCAAUGACAAUGUUAAGUGAGAGUGUCCCUCUGGCGAAAAGAAAUAUCGUGGUACUUAUCGUCUCAAGUUUUGCCCUUUUAGGACAAGGGGUGAUGACAGUACUCGCAAUCCCAAUAAUUCCGCUAAAAUUUUCAAUCUAUCUUCCGAGCCUAAACAUUUAUUGGAAUUCCUGGAGAACUCUCAUGAUUGUAUACUCCAUACCAAGCCUUAUUUCUGCUGCCGUCAUAUACGCACUAGAGGAAAGCCCCAAGUUCGCAUACGCAAGAGGAAAUGAAGCAGAAUCAUUGGCAAUUUUAAGGAAAAUUCAUAGAGUAAACAAUAGAGGAACCGAUAAAGAAUUGCAGGUUGAAGGAAUAAUAAAAGAAAAUGUGGAAAAGCAAGCAACCAAUUUCAAAGAGCAGAUACUGCCGCUUUUCAGAAAACCCCUUCUGAAGAACACUGUGAUUAUGACACUUCUCUUCGUAUUUCAACAAGUAGGAUCAUUUUUGAUCUGGCUGCCAACCAUCGCUAAUCAGUUUGUUCAAAUAGUAGAAACAGGAGAAGGAACCAACCAAACGUUAUGUGGUGUUCUCUAUAAGAGUCUCAAUGCAGAAGCAGACCCAAAUGUGGACCCCUGUUCUCUCAACGUCACAGCAAUGUUGAUAGUCUUAGCUAUGGGGGCAAUACAAUCGGUAUGCAAUCUACUCAUCAGCCUUGUAAUAAAUCGCGUUGGUCGCCGUAACAUGGUCAUUAUUGUUGCAUCUGUAUGUGGCACUUGCGGAAUUCUAGUGAAUGUGGUGCCCAAUGUGAUAGGGAGUGCGAUACUGUUUCUCGUUUAUCUUAUUGGAAUCGUAGUCACUGGACUGUAUGCUGCGAUGGGGGUCGCAUUAUUCCCUACUUAUUUGAGGGUAUUUGCAGUAGCUCUCACAAUGACAGGCGGACGGAUAGGAACCUUCGCUUCGGUGCAGAUAUUAAACUAUUUACUCGUCAACAACUGCGAGGUCGGAUUUUACACAUUUGCAGCAAUGUUUACAUCGUCUGCAGUCCUGGCCGCUUUCCUGGUAGAUGAUCGUCGCGUAUUCAAAAACCUACAAAAGCCAUCAAAAGGACCUCAUGAUCUCUAAUGAUAUUUUAUAAAUUAAAGCAUUCUAUUUUACGUCUUAGUACUUAAAUAAUUUAAAAUUAUGCCAAUAAAUAGAUUGUAAUUUCUUUAA